ACUUAAGAUGGCGUUAUCCCCUCCGAUAUUUUAUCAGCCAGUAGCGUUGAAGUAGCUCACCUCGUUCAUACCUACAAUCAGAGCGGCACCACCUAUUUUCAAAAGCAAUCAUCAGUUUGCAGCGAUCUCUGAACUUAAACUGCCUAUUUAGUCGCAUUCCCAUAUCAUUUUCGGAUGUUUUUUAAUAUACUUCAAAAAAAUUAAAUAUUUAUAAUGUCAAUUUGUGCAUUUAAGGCUUUAUAAAGUUUUCGUGAAAAUGAAUUCAUUAGAGGAUAUAUCAAGUACGUGCGAAAAUGAAUCUAGAAUUGAGCCAAAAGAAAGAUCUAGUGACACAUUCAAUAUCGAAAAGACUAAUUACGACUGUGAAUCUGAAACUGAAUACGACAGUGAAAAUGAAACUAUUGAUGUUAUCUGUGAAAAUAGUGUUAAUUCAACUAGGUUUAGUGAGAAACAUCAAAUUAUACCUACUUCUUAUACAAGUGCAGACAGAAAUUGUCUUUUCGAAAGUAGAGUAAUAUUUCCAACAAAAUUAUUCAUCAAUCAAAGGAACACCUGUGGAAACAUAGAAUCAACAAAUAGUAGUGCCCGAGACUCUAUAAAUAGUGUAAUAAAUGGUAAAAGUAAAACUUUUCUUAUAGAUAAUUUAUUAGGAAACAACAAAAAUAAUUCGUCUCCAAUACAUGAUUGUUCGGAUCAAGAUGAUAGUACAACUUUUGGUGAAAAUGCUGAUGAACAUAAUGUUUCAUCGACGUCCACUUGCGCCGAGUUGGGUUCGCUGAACGAAGCGGGCCUUCUUGCCGGCCAUGCGUACGCGCAUUGGUUGGUUUCACACCAACCCUCUACGUUCUAUGAUGAUAAAAACAACAGAAGACCACGGCGAGUGGGCCCAGAACGAAAACCUCGACAAGCUUAUAGUGCAAAGCAACUUGAAAGACUGGAAGCUGAAUUCAAACUUGAUAAGUAUCUUAGUGUCUCUAAAAGGAUGGAAUUAUCUAAAGCACUCGGACUAACAGAAGUACAAAUUAAAACGUGGUUUCAAAAUCGAAGAACGAAAUGGAAGAAGCAGCUCACGUCCCGUUUAAAGAUAGCACAACGUCAAGGAUUAUUUCCGGGGCAAAUCUUCGGACAUGCCCCGCAAGCGUAUUCUCUCUUAAAUCCAUACACUUACGCACCCCUUAGUUGUGUAUUUACACCAGUAACAUUGCCAUCGACACCACCGUAAAUUACUUAACAAUUUUUAUAGAUAAACCCAUUUAUAUUUAAGAUUUUUUUGUAUAUGAAAUAUUGUCCGCAUUUUCAAUAAUUAUUCA